UAAACUAAACAAAUGGAAAAAAGCUUGUUCUUCCUGGUCAUGGCUGCUUACCCUAGAAGAUUUUAUUUCGAUUAGGGUAAGCAGCAGCCAGAAGCAGAAGCGGGAAGAAUGUUGAAGGGAACGGUAGAGCUUCAGCCGAUUGGUGGGGAAGCGCAGAAGAUUCCUCCCCAAUCGCCUUUCUCCUUUUCAAUUCCAUUUCCACCCUUAUCAAUAUCAUCCCCGCCUCAGCUUCAGCCUUAGACCUCGUUGAAAAUGAAAAUGGAAGAAUGAUGUCUCCAAGGAGACGGAAAGAAAUCCAAACUACACCGCCGUCUUCUGAUUGGGUAUCUGGUCCUGUUUGUUCCUCUGAACUUUCUGCUCAACGCCACAUCAUCAACUCUCAUUUAGAGAAUUUCGUCUCUUCUCAACAUUUUGCUCCCUCUCUUUCUCUCUUUCUGAAUUGUUCUUACUGUGUGCAUGUUAUAUAUAUAUAUAUAUAUAGCACACAUGUCCUACUACCAGUGGUUGGGGAUAUGAAUUACAUGGCGGAAGAGGCAGAAAUGGUCAAUUUCGUCGAUGAAAUUGAUGGAGGAGCCACUGCUGGUGUGGAAGAUGUUGAAGCCAAUGAAUACGACUUGCUUACCAAGGCUACGGAUACAUCUUCUGAGCAGGCCAGGAAUGGUCAAGACAUACAGGGUAUUCCCUGGGAAAGAUUGAAUAUAACCAGGGAAAAGUACAGAUUGACCAGGCUUGAGCAGUACAAGAAUUAUGAGAACAUUCCGUUAUCCGGCGAAGCUGUCGAUAAGGAGUGCAAACAAAUGGAGAAGGGAGGCUACUACUAUGAAUUCUUCCAUAAUACUAGAUCGGUUAAGCCCACUAUAUUUCAUUUUCAGCUCAGGAACUUGGUUUGGGCCACUUCGAAACAUGAUGUAUAUCUGGUGUCGAAUUUUUCAGUCAUGCACUGGUCAUCCAUGUCUGGCACUUUGUCCGAGGUCAUCAAUUUUGCAGGACAUGUAGCACCUUCUGAGAAACAUGCUGGAAGUUUGUUAGAAGGUUUCACCCAAACUCCAAUCAGCACUAUAGCAGUCAAAGAUAAUUUUCUUGUUGCUGGAGGCCUCCGAGGAGAGCUUACUUGCAAACGUUUGGAUAAGCAAGGAGUUAGCUUUUGUACCCGCACAACAUACGAUGAUAAUGCCAUCACGAAUGCUAUUGAGAUAUAUGAUGGCAUGAGGGGUGGAAUCAAAUUCAUUACAUCCAACAAUGAUUGUGGUCUUAGAGAAUAUGACUUGGAGACGUUUCAGCUUUUGAAUCACUUCUGUUUCCCUUGGCCGGUGAAUCACGCAUCAAUGAGUCCUGACUGUAGGCUAAUGACUGUUGUCGGAGAUAACUUGGAUGGAUUGCUGGUAGAUUCACAGAGUGGGAAGACUGUAUCCACUGUAGAAGGACAUUCCGAUUAUUCUUUUGCAUCAGCAUGGCACCCAGAUGGACGUGUUUUUGCCACAGGGAAUCAGGAUAAAACUUGCCGGUUGUGGGAUAUAAGAAAGUUGUCAUCGCCUACUGUGAUACUCAAGGGAAACUUGGGUGCGGUUCGUUCAAUUCGUUUCUCAUCAGAUGGGCAAUUCAUGUUCGUAGCUGAACCUGCAGAUUUUGUGCAUGUUUAUAGCACACGAGAUGACUACAGAAAGCGGCAAGAGAUUGAUUUCUUUGGUGAGAUUUCAGGAGUAGCUCUCAGCCCAGAUGAUGAAUCUUUGUCUAUCGGAAUCUGGGACCGGACUUAUGCGAGCUUGCUACAGUACAACAAAAGACAUGAAUAUGGGUAUCUCGAUUCCUACUUGUGAUUGUGUGUCAAAGCAUCUUCUUCACUAGCUUGCUGCUCAAUCUUGUAUCCACCAUUUCGUGUUGUAUUCAUUAGGUCUGAUUGAAAUCAAAGAUGAGGAUAGAAUAAGACACUCCUCGUUAGAACUUUGCUUGGAGAGCAUGUACAGUAACAUUUUGAACAUUACGUGAAAUGAAAGACGUCUUCGUUCACUCCAUUUUUCUUUCAA